AUGUGUCAGCGUCAUACGGUGGAGGAGGACGACGGUCCGGGUUGCUAUGCAGUCAUUCAUGACAAGCUGGAGGUGAACAAAGCCAGGUCAUCCUCAGGCGGCGACAUUGUCGGCAAGCUCGCUGCUGGUGGCACAGUGAAUGUGAUCGAGGUCUCCCGCGUCCCCGAGCAGCAGAAGGUGCGUGCCCACAUCGAGGCACCAGCAGGAUGGAUCACUCUUCUUGAUGCUUCUGGUAUUCGAUAUGCUGUACGGUCUAAGAGACCUCCGCCACGCAGUGAGCGCAGUGCCUGCACGGUUUGGGGCAGAUAG